UUCGUUCACUGCUCCAAAUAAACGGAGCGCUGGGGUGACAGCCGGCACCCGCGAAUCGGAGUGAGCAGGAUGGAAGGCUGAUGUUCCCGGCUGGCAAAGUGAAGUUUGGACAGCACUAAUCAUCUUGAAGUGAAAAUGGCAAAGAAAAAAAAGAAAGGCAAAAGAGGAAGUAAUGAAGAUAAAAUGAACUUGGCAGAAGCUUUUCUGGGAUUUCGAUUUCAGGUAAAGGAGACAGCUAUUGAAAGAUUCAUAAAUGAAUUAAUACAACUUGAAGAAAUUAAUGCACGAUAUAGAGAGCAGAAUGAACAGUUAAAGAAGGAACAAAAGGAACACAUCAAAAGUUUAUUUAAAUUGGCCAAAGAACAAGAGAAAGAAUUGGAACGCAAAGAGUUAAUCAACACUGAACAAGUAGAACAGGCCAUGAAAGAAAAUUUUGAGCUAAUUAGACAAAAUGAACAGCAAGUGCAAGACAUGCAGACCUGCAUAGCCAAUGUGGAGCAAGAUAUCCUGAAGGUGACAGAAGUGAAAGAGCAUUGGCUAGAAUACAAAAAUGUUGGAAGUGUUGAACAUGGCAAAAUUAUUGAGUUUCGGGAAAAUGAACUCCUUGAGAUGGCCAAAAGUUUCAGUGAGAUGGAAGAUCACUUUUCUAGAACCUUGGAAAGGGCAAAAGAAGAAGCAGAUAAAUUAGCAAAGAAGCAAAUGGAUGAAAAAAAGGCAAUCGCUACACAGAAAGCAAUAAGUUAUUUGGGUAGACACAAUCGACAAGAAGUGAAAGAAAAUGAAUGGCUAAAGAAAGAGCUAAAACAAUACAGUAUGGAAGUUGCUAAUAUAGAACAAGCUGUUCAGAAGGUUGAAGAGGAAAAUCUAGAAAUUUUGAGUCAAUUGUUUGAUUGUCAGAUCAGUGACCUGAAUAGAUGCAGGAACUUGAUUGAGAUUUGUGCAGUUCGACCUAAAGACCGUGACACCGGCUUAUUGGAAGGUGCUUCCACUGAAUUACAUCACAGAGGUGAAACUUCAGAAAUUGAUACCAACUCUAAUCUACCAAAACCCAAGAGCAAAACAGUCCCACAAGUAGAAAAGGAAAUUUCCUUAAUGCAGCUGUUUUCAAAAGAGGAAAAGACAGAAAGUGAUGAAGAAAUGCAGUUCCAUUUAAGCAAGUCUGUAUCGCAGAAUCUCACAUAUUUGCUGCAGGAAGAUGAAAAAUUCUUGGAGUAUUUAGAGUGUGGUGCAUUUGAGCAGAGGAUGUUGCAUGUAAAAGGCCAAGCUAUACUGCUUCAAGCAACUGAGCAACCUACUGGUCAAGGAAGGAAAAAUGAACAAAGAGAACCACGUGAAGCGGAGCUGGGAUGGCCUGUCACGAGCACAAUGUUGAGAUCUGUUAUUUCAUAGGUAUUACAUUUCUAGAAUCAUUACAUUUUGAGAAUCAUUAGCUCAUGUGAAGGUGAAAGUGUUCCUGCACCAAAAUCUGAUGUUUCAAGUUGCCAGUAAUUUAGUCUAUUGCGUAAUCCAGCAAACCCAUAUUCUUAGUGUGACAAGUACCCAGCCGCCCAAAACUAAAGACACUCUUCGUGAUGUUCCCAACAGUCUUCCAACACAUUUAACAAACUGACAAUUUCUCUGCCCCCUCACAUCAAUUUCAGUCUCUGCAACUGUAAGGGCCAUUUCAACCAGUAAAGCUGAAACAGGAGAUGACCCUCCUGCACCACAACAUAGUCUUAAAACCUGUGCUUGUAGCACAACCAUUUUGAAUUUGAAGAUGAAGCUGAUCCAUAAGCCACACAGCCAUAAUUAAGUACAGACCAAAUUAAAGAGUCAGAUUUUAGUGUAGCACCCCAAGAAUACCCACAUAGAUACCCAAGGAUAUUUAAUGCCCUUUACAUUUAUCAAUUAUUUUACUGAUAGAGUGCUUCCAUGUCAGCUUAUUAUCCAGCCAUAUGUUGAGAAAUCUUACCACUUACAUUUCAAGAGUUUGACCAUGCAAUUUCAAUUCAAGUGCGGGUCUGUUGAUCCUCUUUGUAAAAAACAUAACUUGUGUUUUAGCUACUGAAAGCUUAAAACUCCAACUAUUUGCCCACUGUUUGACUUUGUUAAUCGCUAAUUGCAUCCUAUAUACAGAUAAAUUGAAUUUUCCAUCUCUAUCUAUUAAUCAUAAUAUUAAACAAUAAAGGGCUACAAAUACUGCCUUGUGGGUUCCCAUUCUUUCUCGCAUAGAAGCCCAAACACAUCUCAUCUACCUUUACCUGCAUUGACCAUUCAAGAAACUCAAAAAAAAUUAUAUAGCCUUCCUCACUCCUAAUUUCCACAAUUUAAUCAAAAGACCCUCCCUCCAUAACAUAUGCUUUUUCAAAAAUACUGCUAUUAUAACUUCUUUACCUGUGCUUUCCUAAUAUCAUCUGCCAAAUAUAAAAGUGAUUCCAAUGUCAUUCCACCCUUCUGAAAUCUGCUGAUAAUACUAUAUCACCUCUUUUUUUCCAAAAUACAAUUCAACCACUAUUACCAUAGGUUCCAUAAGUUUACACAAAUGGGAUGUUAAUGAUAUUGGUCUAUAACUAACUAGAAUGAUCUGACGGGGAGUUUCCCAGGUUAUAGAAUAGGCAAUACUACUGACAUUUUCCAUGAAGAGGGAAGAUGGCCUAAACUCCAAAUAUGAUUCAAAAUUUUAAUAUCAUCUCAAGACAGUUGUCAGCCAUAUGUUUAAACAUAUAAUAACAUAUCAUCCUUUCCUGGAGCUGCCUGACUUGUACUAUUAAUAGCUUUCUUAAAUUCACACAAAGUAAACUCUACAUCACUAAUACUAUCAUUGCUACAGCUGGUUUCUAACACAUCAGGAUAUUCACUUGGAGCCUUAUCCCUACAUUGAUCAGCCUUUUCACUUAAAUUAUCUUGAUUACGAAUUGCAGCAAAUGACUGAGCCAGGAAUUCAAACAACCAUAUUACCUUCUU